UGACCCUGAAUUUGUCAUCAUAGGCUGUCUGCUGUGAAAACUCUUUUUAAUGUCAUAACAGAAAAAGUGGAAAAAUGAUUUGGGAACUUCUGAAAGACUUCAGAUAAUAUCAGAAUUUUAUUAACUUAAGCUUAAGUGAAUCCGCUUUGGUUGGAUCUUACAUAAAAUAAUUCAUGUCUCAACAUCAUGGACCUUGUUUUGAUGUUUUUAUGCAUGCUUAUUGGAGCAGUUGCAGUUCUUGCAGCAGAAUGGUACCUUUUUCAAAAAUUUCUGCUCAGCCAACCUGAAGUAGGACCUCCAAAACAGCCAUUUGGCAUUUCUACUCCGUUUUGUUUGCCCAAGCAUAUUUUGGAUGCUCUGAGAAAUCGUAACCUGUCAAAGCAGGAGUCAUGCCUUGGUGUCAGCCUACUUCUUCAAUUUUUGUUCCAAGAAAUGCGACAUACAGAUAAAGUUCGAAAAUGGUUUCACCGCAAACUCUCUCUUGAGUUUGAAGAAUUACUUACCCGCACCACAACUGGGAAAUUGUUUGAUUCCAUAGCUGUUCGCGACUUGCAUUUAGGCUCACAUUUCCCAACAAUCAGAAAUGUUGAAGUACGCCAAGUGGCCCAGGAUCCCAUUCAUCACCGGAUUGACACUUUGGAAUUAUGCUUAGACAUACAUUACAGUGGAUCCUUCCAACUAUCUUUAGAUGCAAAUCUUGUUUUGGGUCGUGCUGCAUAUUUGUCAGUUACAGUUCAUGAGCUAGUGGGUAUGGCUCGCCUGCAGUUCACUCGACACCCUUAUACCCACUGGUCGUUCAGUUUUUACUCAGAACCAGUUCUUCAGCUGGAGGUUGAAAGUCAAUUUCAGGGUCGCCCGCUUCCUCAAAUCACCAACAUAAUUGCUAAUCAGAUACGAAAAUCUCUGAAAAGGAAGCAUACAUUGCCCAACUACAAACUGCGCUACAAACCAUUUUUUGCAAAAUCAGAACCAAAUGAUGAAGAGGCUGAAUGGGGUCAACACUCAAUACAAUCUGGCUGUCUUGAGGUUACUAUUGUUGAGGUUACAAGACUGGCAGCUACUAUAGGCAAUGGAAGUGAAAACAUUUACUGCUCACUAGCAGUUGAUCGUACUGCAUGGGUGGAGAUGGUUCAUUCUGAUACAGCCACGUAUAUGACCCUGGAUGUUAGUAUAGUUAAAUCACCACAACAACAGUUAGGCAUUGUUUUCAGACAAGAGUUUGUUGCAGACCGUUAUCAGGCUUGUGUCAUAGUUGAUACUGUUCUACCUGGUUCACCUGCCAGCAAUUCUGAUGUGCAGCCUGGUGAUCUUCUGAUAGCAGUUGAAGGAAAGAAAAUAUCAACAAUAGCACAGGCUGCCAAGUGUAUGAAAGGAGCUGGGGAUAAAUACACGCUGAGACUUGAGAGAAGGGUUGCAUUUAACAGCUCAGCUUCAAAUUCAGCUUCUGAGACUGAAUCAACCGCGAUAAGAUCUAAUGUGACAGUGUCUGUCACAAGUGACUCCCCUACGUUAGGACAAUCAGAAUUACGGAAAAGAAGGGUCUCUGUGGAGCAGAGUGAUGGUAUUGAUAGUGACAGCAGCACUUCCAGUCCUCCGAAUUCUGCCCAAAGCUCUCCUGCUAAGAAACCUUCUUCUAUAUUUCCCGGUCCUAGUACCUCUUCAUCUACUCCAGGCUCUACUCCUGGUUCUGCAGGAGGUUCAAUUUCUCCAAGCCCAGAUCAUCGCAGCAAACAACAGCAGUCUCAAAGUGACCAGAAUAAUUUACAGAUUCUCAAUACAAAAGAGAUAAUUCUUGAUCAGGUUAUUGAUUUCAAUGAAACUCUCAAAUUUGUGGUGGGGCCCCAGCAUCGCUACCUUAAUGUCAGUGUUUGGAGCGCCAGAUCUGGUCCUGGUGGUCGUGAUCAGUUGUUGGGUCAUGUGAGUGUGUUGCUAGCUGCUGUUGCUAACCAUUGCAGCCGCUCUCGACUUGGACACUUCGUAAGCUCAUAUUCCUUUCUACCACCAGACCCUCAUCUUGCAAACAGCCAAAGUCAUAAGCUCUCUAAUCAUUCAGGCUUUGAGCCAUGCCUUUGCUAUGGAGAUGUGCUACUUUCAUUUGUGUACCUAACACCCAGUGGGUCUCCAUCUCCACCACCUGCUCCUUCAGGCAGUCCAGCUCACCAAUCACCUGAAGCUGCCAUGAGCUCAGUGAGGAUGGAUAUCAUGCAAGAUUCAUCAGUUUUUAAAAGUCAUGAUUUUAUUCGUACCCAGUUUCAUCGUGCCAUUCAAUGUGGAUUUUGUUUUAAGAAGAUAUGGUUGAAAGAUGCUGUUCAGUGUCGAGUCUGUGGGAUGUCAUGCCACAAAAAAUGUGUCAACAAGUGUCUUGUCAGUUCCUCGUGUGGAAGCACCAAUGGCAAAUCCACUGGUAGCAACACAACAUUAUCCUCAGGAAAGGGCCACAGGCACUCCUUAGGAGAUGCUGAUGUGACAGGGGCAUUUAUUGAACAGAGAGGAUCUUCUCAAGGACCCAGCCCUGAAGGUGAAGGUGGAGACCAGCCAAGGCGAGCAAGUAUACAACCAGAAAUUGUCAUGACGUCUGCUGAAGAAGUGGCCAGCGUACCAACUCAGGGUCCGAGUCACCGGAAACGUAUAACUAAUCUCUUGGCUUCUAUGGCAACUCAAGCUCGUGGUCUGAAGAGGGUUGGAUCGGCUCAUAAUCUGGCACCUCCUGGUUCAGAUGGUUCCCAAGGUGGUAACAACCUUUCUCGUAGCCUACCACCAUCUCCUCAGCACUCGCCUGCACCGUCACGCAAGACCUCUUUACAUGAAACAGUUUUUCAGUUUAGUGAAAUGGACAGUGGUUCAGAUGAGGAUGCCAGUGCAGAUGAGGAUGUGUCUGUUGCACUGGAACAGCUCCUCCAGUUAAGGCGCCCCAGUGCUUCUGGAAGUUCCGGAGGUGCCGCCAGUGGCGCUGGAGAUGACGGCUCUGAAGACCUAAUGGCUGUUGCCAAGGCCACUGGUAAAGAAUUGUACUCUGGUCUACCCCCAUUGCAGCGGAUAGAGCGCAUUAACAAAAUGAUAUCAAAACUUAAAAUAUCUAUGGAUAGUGAGUCCAGUCUAAGAAUGCAGUUGGCACGUAAAGAAGUUGACUGUCAAGACUCCACUGAAAAAGCAAGACUUGCCUUUCUUAUUGGAAAAUGCGACGAAAAAGUACAAGCUUUGGCAAUAUUAAUGCUGCACUUUUGUGCAGGCCUUCAGCACACACAAGAUCAAGAGGAACAAUUACAGAAUUCUCCCCUACGUCCAUGGAAGUGGAAUUUUCAUCUGAAGAAACGACGAGUGUCCUUACGCAAACAGCUGUUGUAAUGUGGCUUUGCUGCUGCCAUCUUUUUUAAUGGAGAAAAGGUGGGGACUAAACUGAGUUGCGCCUUUGUGGACGUGCUGUGUGAUGCAGAAGAUGAAAGGUUAAUGUUUUGUGCAAUUCAAUGUUCUCAUAAAACUCUUUCAGAAGCUAUUUGUUAUAUGAUAAUAUUCCUUAAUAUUCUUGGAGGACAAACAUGUUCUUUUAUGGGUAUUUUGUAAUACAAUUUUAGUAUUUUCAACCCAUGCUCUGGACUGUGCAAUUAGACUUUUGAUCGAUUGAUUUGUGAUAAUUCCAGUUCCAAUAUAAAAUGUGUUUGUAAUGCUUCAAAUGCUUGAAAAUUCUAUUAUCUUUUAGAAGUUCUCAGCUAGUCUUUGGUUUGCCCUAGGUAUGCAUCAUGUCAAUAUGGAUUUAUCCUACUUUAUUUUUGGCUCAUUACUCCUGGCAAAUGAGAAAGCGAACCCCAAACUCACUAAAUGUAUUAUUGUCUUUAAAUGUAACUCAUCAGUAAACCUCUUCCUUGUCUUUUGAAAAUGUCAAUUAACUUGUAUACCAUUCAAGUAAACCUUGACUAGAAAAAUUAUUGGAACUUUAAGUAUUGAACCCUCCUAGUAUAUUGUAAAUAAGUUGUGCUUGCCAAUUGAAAUUGUUGUGCCAUUUUUAUUUUUUGGCAUCACUUUGCACCAAAAAUGAUUCACCUAGAAUAGCCUACAUGGUUACAUUUAUUUCUAAUAGUGUCAAACUAAUGUUUCAUUGAUUGAUGUGGAAGUAGGUACAUUUAAGACUAGCUAAGCUCUCUGUUUCUUGACUAACCACCUGUAAUGGUCUUUUCUUUGCCUGGAAGACUUGCCAAUUCAUUCUAGGUAGUGAAAGAUUUCACCUGUUUUAAGCAGUAUUGCUAAUCUGUAUUUUGCUAGGUGUUCAUCAUUGACCUUGAUUGUUUGUUCAAAUAGGUGUAGACCUUUUUGCCAAGGCUGUUUGUAUUAUUGUUGCUGUUCCAGGUAUUAUCUUUCUUAGAUCAGUAUUAGAGAUGAUUACAUUCCUGACUUGAAUUAGUUCAAGCUGAUGCUUCAAUUGUUGAUUUUAGUCUGUGAUUUUGAGCCUCUGCUUUUUGAACAGAGACCUGACAAGUUUUAUUCCUCCUAUAACCCCUGUCUUUUAGCUUGAUUUUUUGUUUGUUUUGUUUUGUGUUUAGAUCAUUAUAUUUAUUGAUGAAAAAGUAGAAGUUGUGAUGGUGUUGAAAUGUUUGCCUAUUUGCAGCUAAACGAUUUACACACUUUAGUUUUUUGUGUUGUUUUUAUUGUGUGCUAUUUAUGAUGAUAGUAGUAAAAUAUGUCAACUGUGAUACAUGUAGGCUAUCCUGAAAAACUGAGUGAACAUGUUAGCCUUAUCUCCACUUCAUAUUUGCUGAAAUGAUUUUGUAUCUAUUUGUUUAUUUUUGUUUAAUGUUGAAGCCAGAAAUUUCACGGUACUGUAUUUCUGUGAUAUAUAUUUUGGAAAAACAUUUCCUCAACAAAUUGACAUUAAAUCAAUCACACUUGUACUGCUGAGUUAAAAGUUUAAAAAUAUAAUUUAAUUUUUGUUUGAGGGAAUAAUUUUGCCGAGAUAUAUGAUGAUACCUUAGUUUAAUUUGUACCCUUGUACUGAUUGUGAUAACAUUCCAUGCUCCAUUAUAUUUGUUAUUGAGAAAAACCUG